AUGGAGCCCAAGAAAGGUGGACGGCCGCUUGGGCGACGAACGGCCUGCGAUUUCUGCUGUCGCAAAAAGAUUAAGUGCGACACUCAACAGCCGAAAUGCUCCAACUGUGUCACUCAGAAAGUCCCCUGCGUUUGGACCCCUGGCGUAAAAGCCAAGAAGACUAUCACUAAACCCCAAUUUACUGAACCGGCCGAGAUAAACCGUCUGGAUUAUCUGGAGAGCCGCCUGGCUGCAAUCGAGGCCCGCAUGGAUCACAAAAACCAGACGGGCAUACAAAGCCCACUAUCGAGCUGGGACAGAGAAUCUCGUUCUAACGAUGGCAGCUAUGAGCUCAAUGAGCCUUCCUCCUUUCCACCAGGGGGUGCUUUGGCGCGCAUGGCGGGCGAGACGUCUGUUGUAUUACAUCGAGAAAGCGAGCAUUCGUUGCCGCCCCUUUCCGAGAUUCUUCCCGAUGUGGAGAGCUACUUCGCGGGUUUCAAUAAGGCCAUACCCUUAUUUCAUCAGCCGGAUUUUAUGAUCAUGCUCGAGAGGUGGUACAAUCAGCCCCUUGGGCGUGACGAGGCAACAUGGGCUGCCGUGAAUGUGGUUCUCGCAUUGUCCUUGCGUCAAACAGAUAAACAGGAACGUGCCGAUAGCGAGUUGGCGACCACCACGUAUAUCAGCAACGCGCAAUCCGUACUCAACGGUUUGGUGACACGAUCAGAGGAUCUGAAGGGGCUCCAGGUCGUUCUGGGGCUGGUGAUCUUGUUUCUUUAUACCUCGAAUCCCUAUCCGUCAUGUGUUUUGAUCGCAACAGCAAUAAAGCUAGUCCACCGCCUGAGACUCCAUACCAAGGAGGCAAAGGCUUACAUGGAUCCCGAAACAGCUGCCCAAGGAGACCGGUUGUUCUGGAUAGCUUACAUCCUCGACAAGGACAUAUCAAUGCGUGCCAUUGAGCCUUACUGCCUGCAAGACAACGACUAUGAUGUCGACAUACCCACAAACACUGUCGCAGAGUAUGCGCCAGGAACCUUGGUUUCAAGCGAUGGUACUUUGAGUCUUAAUUUCUUCCACCACCGAGUCCAGCUCGCACGAAUACAGGCCAAAGUCUAUGAUUGGACCUUUUCAGUCCGUGCAAAGAAGCUAUCGCAAGAGCAGCAUCAAGCUGCGUCGAGACGGGUUCAGCAGAUGAUCCGGCACUGGAGAUCAAGCCUGCCUAGCGAGUUCCAGGCGGACAAGCUUAGCCUCUCGAUGGGGGGAAACAUGCUCAGGCAUCUCAUAUCCAUCCACUCAACAUGUGGUCACUGUCUGUUCAUGGCACACAGAAUCCAUGCUCGCGAUGCAGUAUGGAUCCAACAGCUUACGGAAUUCAGCGAUCAAUUUGUCAAUCCAGGAGAUUUAAAUCUUGGUAAUGAUAACUCAGUACCGAUGGUGCGCUCGGACGCCUGGCAGGACUUUGUGCAGACAGCAAGAUUGGGUAUCAAGCUGAUUAAUCUGAUAAGCCCGAGCGAUACCGGGCUGGUAUGGAGCGUGACCUGCGCAUAUCAGGCAGCGCUGGUGAUUUUGAUUGCUAAUAAUUUAACGGUUUCUCUACAUACACACCAUGACUGGAUAGAUUAUGAUGCAGGACUCAUUGACGAGUCCGUGGGAGCAUUGGACAAGCGAAUUAGAGACGCUGGAAAUUUGCCAGUGAUUCGAAAUGUUCUGACUGCUUGCUCGGAGCUGAACCAGAGAGCCAAGCUUGCCGUUCGUCUACACCGCAUGCGCAUAGAGAAUGAAAUGUUGCGGUACGGGGGAUCUUUGUUCGAGGUGGAUCUUGCAGCAGUCGAGGAGGAGAUCUUUGGAACCCAAGCAACGUAA